GUUUUAAGUUGAAUUUUGACCGGCGGGGUGGAAAAUUGCGAACGCACGUGUAACGAGAAUCAAACAUUCGCGAAUUAUCGCGAGUGAAUGGACAAUAUCCUUGUAAUGUGUUAGAAACCGAUUCGAAAUAAAGGACUGUCAACAAGAUUUCAGUGAAUACUUUAAUAGUGCAUCCUUCAGAAGGACAUUUGCUAAGGACGAUGAAGCUGUUACUAGUGUUCAGUGUUGUGUUUAUGAGCGUUCUCUGCGUACAAUCAGACCAGUCAGAUUUCAACCACAUCAACUCAGAUGGAUCAUUUAGUUUUGGUUUAAAAAACUCCGAUGUCGGAGGGCACUACCACACGGCCAGUGGAAAUCCGAAAACCAUCGUCAGGGGCCGAUUCGGAAGCCGCCAACCGGAUACGGGCCGCGUCGAGGAAACUGUCUACACUGCUGGUCCACGAGGAUUUCGAGCACGUGGUCCUAAAAUUCACCGAAAACAAAACCUAUCGCAAGUCCCCCGAGGUCCGAUCGGCACCCCAGAGGACCCUCAAGCCGAUCCGUACGAUGACCCCAGUUACGAUUUCCAGUUCAAGACUCGCAACUACCAGCGCCGCGAGGGUUCCGAUGCCAACGGACGGGUUAAUGGGCUCUACACUUACGUGGAUGAUGUUGGCGAACAGCACUCGGUUCGAUACUCGGCGGGAUCGGGUACCGGUUUCGAGGUAGCCAAUCCGGUCCCGGAUGCACCCAACACGAUAGCGUACGAGAGCCCUCUCUAUAAAACGCACAAACAGGUGCGAGGAAAAGUUGCAUUCGAAAGUGGACCGAGUGGAUCCGGGCAGUAUAAGUUGCUUUCGGUUGGGCCCGAUCAACGUCGAUCCGAAACGACUGGCCCGGAUGGUAUCACUCGUGGUUCAUACUCAUACUUGGAUGACAAAGGAAUACAACGAACGGUGCAGUACAUAGCUGGAGCAGGGAUUGGCUACAAGGUAGUUCAAAGUACAACAGGGGCCGGUAGCCACCUACUCGCCUCACCUGCCACCAACUUUGGCAUAAGUCACGUAGAACAGAGCGAUGUACCGGAUAACAACAAUCCGAGCUACAAUGCUAGCCCUUCUGGCCCUGCAUCCUUCCCUAGUGGGGGAGGUGAUCGACCAGGUAGUGGGUCUCGACCAACCGCCGCUGGUUUUGAUGGAGCACGUCCAACCGGUCCUGGGUUCGACGGAUCAAGACCAACGGGAAGUGGAUAUGAUGGAACGAAACCUGACCAAGACGGCUAUGAAAGCGGUCGUCCAACAGGACCGGCGUUCGAUGAUGACUUCGAUCGAAAACGACCAACCACACCACCAAACAAGGUUCCCUCUAGCACCGAUCGUCCAGACCCCAAUGAUGGCAAGGUACGAUUCCCCGAUGAAGAUUCCGACUAUGGAGGCAAACCACAAGAUGGCAGCAUAAUUGGUCUCGUGCCUCCCAAGUACGACUAUGAACCAACAGAAGACCCACCGCUAUCGGGUCCGUUCGACAUUAGCAUCUCCAGUGGACCAUCAGGCCCCUCCGGUUCUGGUUAUCCAAACUUUGAUGAGUCAGCUCCAGGCGCGUUUAACUCCAACGAUUUCACCAACUACCCAGAAGUUAGCUACGACCGUAAGAAGUUGGAAGAAGAUCGAAAGAAAGAUUGGCGAGAUUUUUCAAAGGAUUCUACCAUUAUCAAAAACGUCGGUGAUUGGUAUGUGGGGCUGGCUCCGGGAGCUUCCGUGAGGGCUCACAUCCAAAAUAUUGAUCUGCUUCCAUAUGGAGGACGGGCUCCGUCGCCAAGUGAGGCACUGCGAAGGGACACCCAAAGCCAAUCGAAGCCAAAGCGACCAUCGUCUUCGUACAAGCGAAGGCGGUGAGAUUUAACACGACACAAGAGUUAUAUUUGUUAUCACGAACAAAUGGAGAUAAUGUGCUGAACAUAUCUCGUGUUUCGAAAUGCAGACUCAACCUUUGCCUUUGAAAUCCUUCAUAAUAAUGAAGCAAAACAAUGUUUAAUUCGUAAUCGAUACAGAAGGCUGUCUUGUAGCAGGGCUGUUUGUAUGUUUUAAGUGAAACAAGAUGUUCGAGUGUCAAGUUCAAUAUAACUAGAAUUGUAAAUAAAUUAAAUCUGUACUGAACAAAGAUGAGGCUAUUUGAUUGAUAUAUCUCACAUUUCAACGCUUUUAUACCUCAUUGUUCUAAUGCUGCAUCCUGUGUAGAUCACCCAUGCGUAACACUACCGCCUCAACGUCGUAAAAAAGCUCACCUUAUAUAUUUGAACGACCCUUCAAGAAUAAUAUCCAUGGCGGUUAGUAAAAAGAUAUGUAUAGUAGAAUAAUCUUUUCAAUAUUCGAAAUUGUGGAAAAUGUAAAAUACCGUGGUUUGAGCUUCAAAGAGGUUGAUUUAACUGUUCAAGGUUGUUCGUUCGGAAUUACAACUAUACUCAAUAUCGAUCGUAUUCACAAUAUACCUACAAGGAAUGAAGUAAGUAAUUCUAAAUGCCCUUUAUAACUUAAUCGUUACUAAGAUCGCACAUAUGACCGAUGGAUCUAGUUUUACUAGUUCCAUAUAGCCAUAAGUAAGAUGUUAAACAACUUUAAUUCUUUAGUGAAAAUUACCUUAUUAAUUACCUGUAGGAGUUGCUUUGG